GUUGCCGUAAACCCAGCCUAGUCCACUCUCAGCAGUUUGAGGAUCGCAUUAUCUAAGCCAUGGCGUCACGCCCACGCGCUUCCUCCCAGCCCGGGAAGCUUUCCUUCCUGCAGACCUCCAAGGCGAACACGGCCCUGCGACCGAGGGCCGUGUCGUCGCGCUCGAGUUCCGUGCUGGAAGAGGAGUUGUCGUGCCCGGUGUGCUGUGAGAUCUUCAAGGAGCCCGUGGUGCUCAAGUGCAGCCACAGCUUCUGCCGGGCUUGCCUGCAGCAGUUUUGGAACAAGAAGAAGGCCCGCCGCGAGUGCCCUAUCUGUCGCAGGAAAUGCUCGCUGACCGAGCCCACCGUCAGCUUGGCCCUCAAGAACGUGGCUGACACCUUUCUGGUGGAGCAGCGGCGCCGGGCGGACAGCGCGGGGGCUACAGGACUGAACGGCUACUGGGAUGAGGAGCAGCAGCAGCAGGUGGUGAGGUGUGAUUUCCAUGGAGAAGUCCUCAAGCUCUUCUGCCUAGAUGACUUGGAGGUCCUCUGCUGCGUGUGCCACACCUCCAAGAAACACCACGGUCACAGAGUGUGUCCUCUGGAAGAAGGUGCGCACGAUUGUAAGGAAGAGCUGAAGAAGGAUCUGAUCCCCCUAAAGAAGAACCUGCGGCGCCUGUAUGAGGCCAAGCAGGAGUGUGAUGACACAACUGUGCACAUCAAGAACCAAACUCUGGCCACUGAGCAGCAUAUCCAAGAGGAGUUUCAGCAGCUGCGUGACUUCCUACAAAAGGAGGAAACAACACGGCUGGCUGUCGUGCAGCAGGAGGCGGAGGAGAAGCGAGAGCUGGUGAAGAAGAAGGCCGACAGCAUCACCAGAGACAUCCUUACCUUCUCGCACGCUGUCAUCGCCGUGGAGAAUGAGAUCGCGUCCGCCGACGCGCGCUUCCUGCAGAACUAUCCCAACACGAAGAAAAGGGCAGAGAUUCAAGUGAAGGAUCCGGGAAAAGUUCCUGGAGCGCUUCUCAACGUGGCAAAGCACGUCAGUUCCCUCAAGUACCACAUUUGGGCGAAGAUGGUGGCCAUGGUUCAGUACACACCCAUCACCCUGGAUCCCAACACGGCGUAUUCGUGGUUGUCCAUCUCCAAGGACCUCACUUGCGUGGCUAACAGCGGCUCCCUCCAGCAGCUCCCAGACAACCCGGAGCGGUUUGGCCACUUUGUCUUCGUGUUGGGCUCCGAAGGCUUCACGGCGGGCCGCCACGCCUGGGAGGUGGAGGUGGGAGACAAGGAAGACUGGAUGCUCGGGGUGGUCAAGGAGUCCAUCGACAGGAAAGGCCGCAUCUCCGGCUGCCCCGAGGGCGGUUUUUGGAUGAUCUCACACUACGAGGGCGAUUACUCAGCCAUGACCAGGCCCAGCACCACCUUGCGCGUGGAGGGCGAGUUAAACAGGGUCAGGGUGCAGCUGGACUACGACGCCGGCGAGGUGAUCUUCUCCAAUCCGGUCAGCAUGACAACCAUCUACACAUUCACUGACUUCUUCACAGACAAAAUGUAUCCGUUCUUCUGCCCUGGGGCAAAUAUCAACGGAAAUAACCCCAACCCGCUCAAAAUCGGCCCUGCUACCGUAGCGGUGUGGAACAGCGCCACAUGGUGAAGUCAACACCAUGUUAUCACCUGGAGGUAUACAGUUGCCUCCAAACGUAUUGGAAUAGCUAGCAAGAGCAAUCCCAAGGUUUUUGGAGGUAAUCUUGCUGUUCCAAUACUUUGAGGAGAUUCUACUUCCCUCUCUCAGUAUCACCUUAAUGACCAGAAAAUAAUAUUCAAUUAAACUGUUCGUACAACAGCUCA